AUGAGUUACGCGGCGCGCCCUGGCGGAGUGCCACUUGGCGGCGCGGGCAUGCGCCAGCCAGCGGUCGAGUACAUCUGUGCUGACUGCUCGGCCAUCAACGAAAUUCGGCCUCGCGAGCCGAUUCGGUGUCGUGAGUGCGGACAUCGCAUCAUGUACAAAAAGCGCACCAAACACAUGCUCCAUUUCGAGGCACGGUAG